AUGGCGCCGCCUCGGUUGUCGGACGAACAGAAGGCAUUGUCACGGCAGCGCAGGCGGGACAGGCGUAGGGAGUUGCAGAGAUUGAGGCGCGCCGACCCGAUAUACCGGCUGGCGGAGCGGGCGCGAAACACGCGAGCCCGUCGGGAACAGAGGAACGACCCGGAGUACCGCAAGAAGGAAAGGGAACGCGACACGCGGGCGCACCGGGAUCGGCGGAACAGGGUGGACACGGUGAUGCGAAACAUCGCCGGCAGCCUGUGGACCAACGCCGAAUUGGAAAACAUGGCACCGGAUCAAGUAGGACCAGACGAAGACACGGGUGUAACCGCUCUGAGUAACUGUGGGGCUACAAUGAUGAACACCACAGUCUUCGUUACAGUGCCAGCCAGUCCUUUCCCAGUCCGGGAAGAACUGUCGUCUGAAAACGUGUAUGUCGGCGGUGACAAAGACAAAGGCAACUCGACGGAUGACAACGAGGACGAUGACCUCACUUCGCUGAGUUGGCUACAAAACAAAAAUCUGCUCAAAGGUGUUCACGAGCUGCCAAAGACCGAUUAUGCGGACGACGCUUCGUCGGACUCUCGUUCGUCCAGCGGCCAGUCAAUAUCGCCGGUCCGAUGUUGGCCAGCUAUGGCAGGUCUACCCACCAUCAUAAACAAUAACAACAAUAACAACAUCAAUAAUAAUAACAAUAACAACAAGACUUCCUCGUUGCGGUCAUCCAGCUACGACCCAAAGGUGCACACGGAAUCUAAGCCGCCGUACUCGUUUUCGUGUCUGAUCUUCAUGGCCAUCGAGGACUCGCCCAUCAAAGCGCUGCCGGUCAAAGACAUCUACGGAUGGAUUGUUGACCAUUUCCCGUACUACAAGAACGCGCCCACCGGCUGGAAGAACAGCGUUCGACACAACCUUUCGCUGAAUAAGUGUUUCAGAAAAGUGGAAAAAGCUCCCAACUUGGGCAAAGGUUCCCUUUGGAUGGUCGAACCCUCGUAUCGGCCGUGCCUAAUCCAAGCAUUGCAAAAGACCCCGUACACUAAGGGGUACAGCAAAAAGUCGACGGUGAACACGAGUCUGACGGUUCGGGGCGAGACCAUAGAGGCGGUCAAGGAAGAAAGGAGCGAGGACGAGAUGUCCACGGUGAGUGACGUGGACGCCGCGACCGCAAUGUUGGUGCUAAAGCAUGGUCCUCACGUGCGCAUUGUGCACAACAGAGAUUGGCAGCUAACUCAAACAAAACCUGACACGGAUCCAGAACUAGCCGGGCUAUAUCCAAUUGUUACGAUAUGCCCAAGCGAGGAUCAUACCUACGACAACUGCUUCAAAAUGGACAGUCUGUGCAAAGAGGACGCGGAAGAACGUCGAAAAAUAGUCGAGGGUGCGGACGCAUUGUUGAACCUGGCCGGCAUCACCACCCGCCGUCUGCGCAAACGUUCUUCGAGCGUCGAGUGCAUCGACGCGAAACGAGAGUGCACAGACACCCUGCGACAGAUGUACCUGAAGAAGCAGACGACGGACAACAACAACGAACCCGCGUCGGUCAUCAUCGAACAUCACAAGGACAAAUUCAGAUAA